AUGCCCACUGCGGUUGUCACAGGAGCCAACUCUGGCAUUGCCCACGCAUUCGCCAACAUAUUAGUUGACGAGGGAUAUACGGUGUAUGCCGUCGACCGAGACACGAAUGAAGGCCUUCAGGCUCUGCAGGCAAAGAAAGCCCAUGUUGCCGAAGUCGACGUGACUUCCCCUGAAUCCAUACAAAAGUUCAAGGACUCACUGGGUGAAACCACCAUCGACCUCCUUCUCAACAUAGCAGGUGUUGCCGCUGCACUCGAAGACGACAGCCUCACAACCAGUAAUUUGCAAGUUUUUCAAAGGACAUUUGCAGUCAACACUUUCGGGGUUUUCCUUCUGACACAGGCUCUUCUACCAAACGUCUUGAAGUCUUCAGACCCCAAGAUUGGAAUCGUCUCGAGCCGGGUAGGCUCUAUAGCCGACAACUCUAGCGGCACGCAUUACGCAUACCGGAGUUCGAAAGCGGCCGUGAAUUCCAUCGGCAAGAGUCUGGCGGUCGAGUUGAAGGACAAAGGUGUCACGGUCAUGCUGUUGCAUCCUGGCUUCGUGAAGACGAAUCUGCUGCCCACGGCGAAGAUGCCUCCCGAGACAGUGAUGCCUGAGGAAGCGGCGAGGAAGCUGUGGCAGAACAUUGUCAGCAAGAAAACCAUCGAAGACACGGGCAAGUUCUGGCAUCGCGAGGGUUAUGAGCUGCCGUGGUGA